UUAAGAAAGUGAAGGUAGAUCUUCGGAUACAACACGUCCACCAACUGCCCAGGUGCUGCUCUGCUGUCCAAGCCUGUCUUAAAAUGAGGGGACUCCCUGGAGAAAUGUUAAGUUCAUCCUUAGCUUUCUUGUCUGGAGCUGGUCCAGGAGUUCUCCUUGUUAUGGUUGUCAUUGGCUCAGUUGGGGAUGUAACAGUGGCUGCAGUGCUGACCUACGCAAUCCUAGCCAUAGGAAUGGCUGCAUUAAUAUAUGGAUUUUUGGUUCCAAUGGACUCGGUGGUUGAAAAAUGGCGAGACAUCUCAACUGGAGAUGUGGCCCAGGGUUUGAUUGGGUUCAUUUUCAAGGUUCUGCGAGGUGCUAAACCACUGACAGUGCUAGGGGUCGUAAUAACCUUAGCAGCUAUGCUUUUAGCAUGGAUGGGUAAAGCAAACUGGCUAAUUCUUGAUUUGGGAAUUAAGUUGGUUUUGGUAUCCGAGCUGGCAACGUUUUCAACUGCUACUGCGGUGCUAUUUGUAAUGAUUCUUCAGGAAGUUCACUGGGAUCAAAGUGUGCACCCUGUUUGGUUAACAACGGCUGUCCUGAUGGCCCUGGCUGUGUGCUACAUUAUGAGUAAAGUAGCAAAAGUUCUCUGUAUUUUCCUUGCAGUGUAUGCCGCAUGUUUUUAUACCUCACAAAUUGUACUGAUGAUCAUUUUGACGCCUGUGCUACUUUUGAGAGCUUGUCUGUGCCAGUGUGUGGGAGAAGGCCUCGCAUCCAUUCUAAUGAUAGCGGUCAUGUCUACAGCAGUCAUUGGCCUACAAGGUGCAGUAGGACCGGCUGCGCUUUUAAUCCCCUGCGUUUUAUUACGUCUAAGUCAGCCACACACAGAGUUUGGCCCUCACUUUGUGUUCUCAACAAUUGCAGUUAUUAUAGCACUCUGGGUAGCAAAAUCCAAUGUGUGGUCAGUGGAAUUCGACCUUAAGCAUGUACUAACAGAUGCACUUGGUGGGGAAACCAUUCAAGCCUUGCCUUCUGUUGUUAUGUUUGUAUUGCUUUUUGGAGUACCCAUACUGCUCGCCAUAUCUCUUGCAGUAGCAGUACAAAUUCUUUUAAGCAACUCUCCAAAACCAGAAGCUACAGAUCGUGGCAGGCUUUUGACUUGGGCAGCCACAGGAGCAGCUGUGGGAUCAGCACUGGCUUUACGAAUGUAUGGAGAACAACAUAUUCUCUUUGGUUUAGCAUGCUUUUGGGUCAUAUUUACUGUUCUGUAUGGCCUUUUUUCGCAGUUCUGCCGCCAUUCUGUCCCUAGUAAACAAGCUGCUCAGCAUUGCUCUCAGCUAAGUGGCAUGUACAAGACAGCCUUAAUCACUGGACUUGGGGUUGCUGUCAUCCCAGGAGACUUGGGCUUUGUAUUGACUGGACUUGGUGUUUUCAUUACCAUUAAAACUGCCCAUCUAGUGCUGGAGCUUCAGGAACAAUACAAAAAGUUCUGGAAGAUGAUGAGCCAUCUGGGAAUGAAGGCAAUAAAGAGGACUUGGAUGUGACAUACAGGAACACGGGGUGAAGCUGGUCCACUGGCCAGUAAGUGGAUACGCUUAUAGCACAAAAUGACCACCAAAUUCUGAUCUAAUAUCUGUAUAAUAUAAUAUAACUGUCAUAACUGUUUCACUUACAUGAGUUCCAGCUUUAAGAUCGUUUUCCAGGGUUUUGGUAACACAUUUAUCUGUAUCCGUAGCUCAUGAUGAGGAUACCUAUUUAUAUCUUCUGUGUAUUAUAUGUUACGCUGAUUAUGGUAAAAGAAAAUUGUUCUUUGGGGCCUAUUUUGCCUUACAAUGCCCUACAUGUGCCCAUCCACUGUACACUGAAAACAAUGGCUCAUCAGAACAACCCAAAAGAAUGACAAACUAGUUUUAGUCGACUCAAAAAUGACUUUGAAUGAAAAAUUGGUCAUUAAUAUAGGUGAAUAAAACUAGUUCAUUCUUACCACAUUAAGUAUUUUUUUAAGUUGAACUGACGGACCGAUUUUUACAGUGUAGAACUGAGCAUUUUACAUCAAAAUCGCUCAGAAUGACUCUUAACAACAUACAGUGAUAGUGAAAAGUUUGGACACACCUCAUUCAGUGCUUUUUGUUUAUUUUUUAUUAUGUCCUACAUUGUAGAUUAAUACUGAAGGCAUCUAAACUACGAAGGACCACAGUUUGAUACAGAACUAUAUAACUAUAUACCAACCCUACCUCCACACUACAGCCUCAGACACGUUCAGAAUACAAGCAGUUCCACAGAUUAACUCUUGGCAAGGCACAUCUGUGAACUGAAGACCACUCCAGGUGACCUCAUUAAGCUGAUUGAGAGAACGAUGUGCAGUGUGCAAAGCUUUGAUCAAAGUAAAAGGUGGCUAAUAUGAAGCUAAUAUGAAUUAUAUAUGGAACACUGCAUAAUUCCAGAUGUGUUCCUUCAGAGUGUGUCUCAAUGGAACUGCAGUACCAUGAUACACAUCAGACUCCUAAUCUCUAAUACUCUGUAAUAUGUAACAUUCAAUUUUAGAUUUGUAGUAUUUUUUCUAGCCUUGUGCUUCAGAUGGUCUUUUUUAAGUGUAAAUGUAGGACCUAUGUCUAGCCCUCCUGUACUGUAGCUACGUUAUAUAUAAUAAAGAUCCCUGUAACAGUGA